GAGAGGAGGAUGUUGGAAUGAUCUGCAGCUCGGUCCAGUCAGGCGCUACCGUGAUUGCUUCUUGUGUUGUGUACAGAGCUUUGACCCUAAAAUGGCAGAUGUUAGCUGAGACUUCUACGUGUUUACUUCAGGUUUAGUCUUCCGAGUCGCUUUUUGUCAACGCCAAACUGUCAAGCUGUUGUUUCGGUCACGCUGCCGUCACCUUGAACGUCGAGAAAUAUGCCUUUGACAACGUAAAACUGGUCUCUCAACUACAAGAUACAAAGAAGCACGUUUUGCGUGGCUCCAAGCACAUCCAUGUCGUUCUGGGCCUCUAAUGGAAACAACAGCAGCCUUCAGAUCUGCCAUGGUAUCCAGAUUGCCUAAAUUUGGUGGCCGCUCAUCUAAUGGAGGCACUAGUGCCUUGCCUAAUGGUUUGACACAGCCCACACCCCCUCAGGAUGGAAAGACAACACACCCAAAUGGUGUAAUCCGUGCACCUUCUUUUUCAUUCAAGUGGAAGAAAGAUGAAGUCAUUAAGACCACAAGCCCAACCACAGAUGGGGCAUCCGAGGAGAAGCCAAAGACUCAAAUGGCUGCACCAACAAAAGAAAUCAAAAAGGCUUCUCCCGGGACGCCCAAAAUGCGGAGGUCAGGGCCUUUGAUGGUUGCUGUUUCCAGUCCCAAGUCUAUUCCUAAGCAGGCAACAAAGACAAGCCCAAAAACUGACACUAAAAUAAGCCAAAGUCCACUCAGUGGGAGCUUGAAGUUGAGUCAUAGUGGGUCCACUCCUGUUGUGGAAGAGUCCAAUCCUGUGAGGCCCAAACUGCGUUCCAGCUCUCCUCGAAGUAGCUCUCAGGACAGCCUCUCCCAGUCCUCUGACUGCCUCAAGAGUCUGCCACAGGACAACAUGGUGCGCUCCAACAGCUUCACUCACUUUAAGCAGAUCCCCUCUCCCAGCAACCAACCCAUGACACGCUCCUUCUCUUUUAACCGAGCUGUAGAGCUGGCCAAGCCUUUAGCCAACACUCAGCUAAGACCCCCACGAAGCAGUCUGCUUAAACCACCCCAGCUGAGCAAUGGAAGGGUCGGUUUAGGGAUGGGAGGCCUCAAUGGAAAUCUUAGUGGUUCUGGUGGUCUUAGCAUUAGUUUAGGGGGACUUCACUACAGUAGAAACUCUCAAACUGCCUCUUCUCUGCCCACACUCUCAUCUCCAUCUGCACCAAACACACCCAGUUCUCUGAAGAAGCCACUGCUCCCCAACUGUGUGCUUAACAAAUCACUGAACAGUAAUUUUGCAUCUGUGGGGCAGAGGCUGGCCCGUCCCUCACCAGUCAAACAGCCAUUAUUACCAGGUCGAGCUAAAGAGAAACUCCAGCCUUUAGCACCUGAACGCAGAGCACUUAUAGCAUUAACAUCAGACACCGAGUCAGCAGAAAAAGCUGAGAAGUCAGAUUUUCACAGUGACAGUGAUGGGAGCUCCCUUGACAAAAACGGUGUAUGUCGCCAAAGCCAGAAUGGAGCCUGUGCAGAGACCUUAGAAGAUAUGUCGUUUUCCUCGGCCUCGUCUUUGGACAGAGGUGACACCAGUGAAGAGUGCCUCGAUGACUUUGACAGCUCUGGUGAUGUACUCAGUGAUGUGGACACAACAGAAAAAUCUGACAAUACCCAAACCCGCCUUCAGAGGUUACUUGACAACACCGCAGACUGGCCUCACCCGGAUAUGGCAGGGCCAAAGGAUAUUAGCCCAAUGGAUGUGUCAUGUGGCUCUCUGGUCCUGUCUCCUGAAACUGGCCAUGCUCCAGCAGGGUCCUCCCUCGAGCUGUCCCCAUCCAACAGCUCCGGAGGAACCUACAUGUGGGACGAGGAGGGGCUGGAGCCAAUCGGACUCUCAGCAUCACAUCCUGGAGACAGCUACGAGGACACAGACCUCAACAGCUUAGACAUCCUGGAGCACCUAGAGCCUUUGACAGACGCACAGCUGGAGGAGGAUGACCUGAUGCUGGAGGUGGAGCUGCCUGAGGACAGCCUGCAUGAAAUGUCCCAUGUGGAGCUAUCAGAGCGAGGUCGCCUGGGUCCACGGCGGAGACACCACCGCUGGAGUGCCCCGGAUCACUUCCACAACAACAGCAGAAUGCACGGCUUUCAACAUUAUGACGGCUACAAGGCACCCAGGUUUUCCUCACGACCCUUUCAUUCUGAGGGAAAACAGCACGGCCACAUCCCAGCUCUGGAUGAACUCACUCUGGAGCACAUGUCCCAGGACUGCAGCGCCCUCAAGAGUCACCUACUCAGGCUCAGAGAUCUACUGCAGCUUGAAGAUACAGACUCUCCAGAUGAUGUGGCCGAGGUGGAGGCUGAAGAUAAGCUUCAGGAGCUGAUUAAGGAAGUGCAAGGUCUCAGGGAGGAGCUGAAGAGUCGAGACAGAACUAUAGCUCAGCUCACACUGCAGUGUCAACAGCUACAACAACAACAGCCCCAACAAAUGCCUGCUCAGGGACAUCAGGUCAGGUGUCAGUGCCCCCACCAGAGGGCGCCACACUCUCUGCGGACCAGUGACCAGCAGAUGGACAAACGGAAGCAGCAGCACUAUGACAAGGCCACACAGACAGCCUAUAGACCUCCUGCUAACACUCCUCAAAUACUACAGCCUUUCAAGCCCAGCCUCAGAGAGCCUCAGCACCAGGGAAGACUAACAAGAGCAGCCUGCACCGGGGGCCGCAGUGAGCAGCCUCACCGUGUCACAGCUGACCCAGAGCUGAGUCAGGUGCUCAACGCUCAGCUGCAGUACCCCUCCUUUCCACACGGGGAGUCUGCUGUUGCAGGUGUCAGAGCAGAUCCUCAGGGUGAGCCUCAGGCCUCCUCUGUCUCUGCAGGACCCAGUGCUCUGGCGGGCUCUCGGGUGCUGCAGCCCCCUCGCCUCCACAAGCGUGUGUCCUUCCCUGCGCUAAAGCCAGGGGGCGCUGGUGGACAUCCUGUGCAGAGCAGACAGCUGCUGCCUCCUCCAUCCAGAGGCCUGCCCUGCUUUAACACUGGAGCCCAAGUGCACACCUCCAGUGAGAAUCGCACUCUAGUGCCCCGGCCUUACAGGGAUUUACCCAGGUCCAGUCCAGAGGCGUUCAGCCACAGCAGGCAAAGAGACCCCGCCACAGCCAAGAGUCUAAACUCCACUGCACGCUCAGGCCUCCCCAAGCCAAAGACAACCUGAAGAGCUUAGUACUCUCCCAUCAACACUUACACUUCACUGAUUCUGUGACAUGUUUAUUUUAUUCACUCCACAUCAUCUUAUAGUAAGGUCCCACCUCACAACAUGUUUGUCCCUUUAAUAAACAGCAUUAGGAUGGCUAUUCGCCAAAAGACAACUGUUAACCCAACACACACCAGGGCACCAUGAGCUCUAUGUAUUAUUCAUGAUCAUUGUUUUAUCUAUGAGCCACUGCAGCGCCUGUGGGGUCCUGGAGAGGAGCUACCCCCUGACACAGGUCUGAGGAGUGUUGUAGCGCGAGGUGACAUGGAUUUGACCUUAGUUGUGUUAAAGCAAAGGUCAGAAAGAGACAGAGAGAGAGACAGAGGGGGGGAGAGAAAGAGAGAGAGUGAGGGAGAGAUAUAUAGAGAGAAGGCACAUUAAGGAAGUGUAUGGAAUGAAAAGAUCUCAUAGGAACUAAGAUGCAAUCUUAUUUGCAGUUUUAUUUCUGAAUUAAUGCAGAAAAAGAGCUGGAAUCAAAACUGCAGGAGUGUGCAAUGUUAACUGUUUAUCAGCAUAUAAGCAGAAAUGGGAAUAGCUCAUUUCCCUGCAGAUAUUAGCUCACAUGCUCUCAGUGUCAUCCUUAAAACAGGUUUCACAACGUCAAGUCUAGUAAGUAAGUAAAGAAAGGCUACAGUAAACUCAGGUGAAAUGCCUAACUCUCAAAGUCUGACUUAAAAGAACCUUGAAUUAAAUAAACUACAAACGCUGCACCUUUGACCCAUUUGUGUCAAUGACAGCAGAGAGAGGCAUUCAUUAGCUGUGAGAGUGCACUUCAGAGUCAGGGUUGUGUCAUUUUCCCCGUCUUCCACCCGUCCCGCUGCUGCACAUCGCUGUGGGAACAUCAAAGGUAUUAGCUGGGUAUUUUCAGGUAGGGAGCCUGCAGGGCUUUAGGUGUUUCAGUGGGAGUUUGGAAGAAUUGUGUUUAUCUCUCCUUUACUUGAGACCCUUUUGCAGUCAGUGGCUCCCAAAAUGUCCCCGACCGGAGAGCACCAGUGUGUUAAAAAGGUCUUCUGACAGCGGCACUGCUCGCUUCUCUGUCACGCCGUGUGCCCGCUCGUCUGUACGCCUCUGGCACGGUCCGGUCUACUGCAUCCAAUAAUGCUCCCUACAUAGAGCUAGAGAAAGACUACAGGACACAGCACGCACUUCCUAUAGCACACAGCAGAACACCACACAGCCAAACAGAGUGUGCUCCCAUACUGCACAAGUUUAAUAACAAAGCGUAUCAAACAUGAAGGCUUCCAUUUUGAGCUCUGCUGGUGUCUGUCGCAAAAUGAGCUCACAAAUACACAGCCAUUCACGUGUUUGUAGUCACCAAAGAUGGCCGCCACCAGAUAUCCAAAUUGCUCUGCCUCUUGUAUUUGUGCGUGUGUAUGAGCAGAUCCAGCCUCUGAUAAAUCAUGUUUACCUAUUGGGCGCUCCAACAAUGUGCCAAACCAACCAAGCAGUCAACAGUGCUUUUCAGCGCCAGGAGAAGCCCAUUGCUUCAAAUGGAAAUGAAAAAAGGAGAGGACGGAGAGAUAUAUAGAGGAUGAGAAAGAUCGCAGCAUGAGAUAAUGGGAGGAGCAGUGGCGGAAAAACAAGUGAUGAAAUCAGGCCCGCGUUACGAUCAAGAUGAGUCGUAUUUGGCACUACAGGUAAAGGUGUUUCUAAGAGUUGGACUACACACGCACGCACGCAUGCACACACACACGCACACACACACACUGAUGUUUUGUGUGCUGCCGCUCACAAAACAACCCAGUCCUCUCAUUGCUUAGUAGAGCCAAACAGGAAAUCAAUGUUGCCCCAAUGUUGCCACUCUCAGAAGUGUGUGCGAGUGUGUAUGCAUGAAAGAGAUGCCCACUAGCCAAAGGUAAUGUCAAGCCAUUUUUUUUUUCUAAUCCAGCUCCAGGCUUCCUAUCUGCAAAUCAAUGUCUCCACUCCCCCUUAGCUCUCCAGCCAAUCCAUCUAGUGAGCUACGGCGAAGCAAACAGGGCAGAAAACACAUCACAGCCCGGAUCAAUCCAAAUGCAAAAUCAGUUUAUUUCACAAAUUGUAACAUUUCACUCAAGACCAAGAAAGAUGUCAAAGGACAAUAGACUAUGUUGUACAAUGUGUAUUUGACAAGAACAGGCACAUAAGUGACUCCAAUAGUGCAAUGUCAAAAAUAUACCUACAUUUUCUGGCUAUGAAUUCUCAACAACCACUACUGCCCAGCGUUGCACUUUGUCAGCAGCACUGCAUCUGUUAUGAAUGUUUUGAAAUGUUCACAUACGCUCAGAUACUAUCUAAGGUCACAGUUUUAACCAUACUGGAAUGUUAGCCACAUCGACACUGAGCUGUGCAAAACCACAAAGAGUCAGUACGAUAUCAUUUCUGUUAUGCAAAUGAACAAAAGCAACUGAAUGCUUUUGAUAGACUCCAAUCUAAAGCACUUUAAAUGAUACAUCUCUUAAGAGUAGCAUUGAUGUAUGUGACUUAGCCUGUUUGUUUUUAUUUAUGUGCAACUGCAAUAUGGAAAUGUAUUUUAUUUUCUUCUUAAUGUAUCUAAUUUUAGCCGAUUUGUCAGAAGCUGCGUUUUACAAGUACAGCGCUGCAGGGGAAGUCUAAUUUCAAGGUGUGAGAGAGUAGGUCUGUGGUGACAUAUCAUUGAUCUGCACUCGAGUGAAUCAUACUCCUCUAGAACAUUUGAGCUGUACA